AUGGUCUCAUCUUCCGAGGGGUACCUCUGGACCCCGAAAGGUCCGACCGAUGGUCUCGAGACUAAGGCAUCGAUAGCUACUCCUUCGAUUCGUAGCGAUUGCUACGAUGUCGUGGUUAUUGGCGCUGGAUUUGCUGGUCUGGUCGCUGCACGAAACAUCACGCAACAAACACGCGCUCGUGUGCUCUUACUGGAUGCCAGAGACAGAAUCGGAGGGCGAACUUGGACCGCCAUCGUCGCUGGCGAAGAAAUCGAAAUGGGCGGCACCUGGGUCCACUGGAAUCAACCGCACCUUUACGCCGAGCUCGUACGCUAUGGCCUACACCGCAACCUCAAGGCAUCUGCCGGCACAUCCGAAGCCGUGAACCAAUACUACAAAGGAGGUGACGCUGUGAUAGAAGAAGUAUCGCCUGAAGAGUUUGGCGAGAUAUCCGAGAGAGUUUGUGCGAAGCUUUUCCAGAUUGAUGGACUAAGCAGCCGCGAGCUUAUGCCUUUUCCACACGAUCCACUACGCGACCCAGCGCCUUGGAAGAAGUAUGAUCACCUUAGCGUGCAGGACCGACUCGAUCAGAUGAAAGAUGUAUCGAAGCACGAGAAAGCAGUCUUCGCAAGUUUAGUGAAUUCAUUCGGAAGUGCUCCACCAGAAGAUACUGGGCUCGUGGAAGUACUUCGCUGGUACGCCUUGGGAGGCCAUACAAUGGCCCAGACUUUCGAAUUAGCUGGUACCUACAAGAUUGGGACAGGAGGCAUGACCAAUUUUGCCUUAUCUAUCCUAAGGGACUACAAAGGCGAUCUAUCAUUGAAAACACCGAUUAGCCAAAUUAGCCAGGAUCCCAACGUUGUCGCCAUCACCACAAGAGCUGGAAAGCAAAUCAAGGCCAAAUACCUGAUCUCGACGAUUCCACUGUAG